UUCUUUGUCUCAGGAAUGACAGAAUAAAGCGCUUCAUAAUGUGGGUUUGACUGGCAUAGCUUCCAGCCCUUGAUGCGCCGGGUUAAUAUUUUAUCUAAUUGCAUGAUUCCAGCUCUGUCAUGAGCAGGGCUUACAGUGGCCAGGCUCCCGUGGUGAACGUCGUUCCGCUCACCUUGUUCCAUUCUGUGAUGCAGCCAUCACGAGCCGCUGCAGGAGGUGCUUCGCCCUGAAAGCUCUCUCCAGGCCAGCCUGAGCCUGGCAGCCAUGGAGCACAAGGCCUGCAACAGCUGAGGCCCGCAGCCCUUCACUCCUCACCCUUCCUGGGUCUCCAGUUUCUCAUCUCAAAACUUAAAGCUUGGGUUCAUGGUCACAAGAGGCUCCCAGGAGAGAAGGAAGGCGCUUGGCUUGACUAUUCUCUACAGCGUGACUGUUCUCUACAGCUUGGCUUUGUUGCUUCCCUCUUCCCUCUUCCACACUCAGCCCCCAGAGAGCCUGCUCCCACCACAGCAGCUGCCCACCCUUCUAGGUAAAGUGUCCCCUGCUUUCUCUUUGCAUCUUGCUGAGAUGGCACUGCCCCUCUAUCCCUACCCCUGUGGGUUAUUAGAAACCUUCCAGCGAGAAGGGCACAGAGCCUGGUGCCAGAUGGCACUAUGGGUGUUAGCAGGUUGGAUGGCUCAUCCUUGGGGCUGAGUUGCUCAGUUUAAGGAAUUUUAGACUUGGCUUCUAGGUCCAAGCAUGUCCCUGUCUUGGCUGUGUCCUGAGCUGCGGGUCAGGGCAGAGCACCAUACCUUUCAUACAUUGUCCCUGUCUUGUUCAUCUCUGAGGCUCAGAGACCUAAUUUGUGUAGCUGUCACCUGUGCCUGCUCAAGUAGUGUUGCUACCUUCCUUCAGCACCUGGACACAUCAGCCAGACCUCCCUCCCUGGGACUUCUUGACCUCAGGCAGCACCGGGAACCUGUGCCCCUUGCUGGUGGCACACAUGGGCGAGUGCCCAUAGUCCCUGAGCCCAGCCAUGUCCCAGGUCUGCGCCUUCCCCUCCCAAGGUACACUGCAGCAGUGGGAGUACUCGUCGCUGCUGCCUGCUAGGGUUGGUGCUAGGUGGGGGUGGGUGAAGGGGCUGUGAUCUGGAGGCUGUGUCUGCAGUGUCAGAGACUCAGGGCGAGCUUCACACCUGCUCUGCUGUUUGUUCUGUGGUUGUUUGCUUAUUCAAGACCAAGUGUGAGCCACCAAGGUUGGGCAAUACUCACUGCAUCUCACUUUCUUACAGGCUUGAGGGCAGAUGCCUGCCGUUGUGGGAGGAAAACCUGGUCUACAGAAAAAUAAAAACCUCCAGAGCUGCAGGAGCCACUCCUCAGUGCACUGUGCAAUGCCCACUAGUAUCAGGCCACUCAUGGGGAUGGGCAUAGUGGCCGAUAGAGCAGCCAGGGCCCUGUAACCCCUAACAGAAGAGGCCACGUGCUUCCAGCUGGGACCAGGCCAUCUCAGUGCAGUGCUGUUCAGCAGCUCUGUGCAUGUUCACCUCCCAAGUUUGCCCUCAUUGCUACCUCUUGACUGAGCUGCCUUCAUGAUUCCUGUGUCCAAGGCUGGACAUGAGAGCUCAGAGGGUUCGAGUGACUCAACCAGGGCUACAUCUGCUUCUCUGGGACUUCGCUAUUAGCCCCAUCCUCCCGUGGCCCUAGGCAGCCCGCCCAUCCUGCCAUGGAGCCCCAGACGACUGCAGUAGUAGCCCGGCCUGCAGGGUCCUCAGGCACAGAGGAGCUUGCCCUUGGCAGGCCCCCAGCCACUGCAUAGGUCGACAAUAGCGUGCACAUCUCGGGUGCUGGGCCACAACCCCCCACGGCCUCAUCUAAGGCAGCCUUUCUCCUCCUUCUUCAGCCCUGGGGCUGGGCGCUGCCCCACAAGCCCCUGAAUUAGCCCACACAGGAAAACAAUUGGGCCCACAUUGCUGAACAGCCCCGCUGUUUAAAAGGAAGAGAAUGGGACAGGCUUGUUCCACAACCUGCAGACAAGGCUCACCACAGGACCUUGUCCCUGUGCUGAAGGGCGCCUUGUUGUGGCUGGAGCAGUCCUGGCCUGAGACCCGACUAAUAACAGAGCCCUUGAAACCCCAACGGUCAGGACAGAUGUCCCACGCAGGCAGAGGCCCUGUGUGAGGAUGGGACGGCUGGGCCAGAUGGUGUCCUGAGUGCCCAUCCCGCCUAGCGGCUGGGGAUACGCUGCCCAGCGUGGGGUCAGGAGCACCAGGAAAGCAAAGAUUUCUGAAGACUUCUUUCUAGAAGUGACUGGAAAGUUUCAAGAGGCAUAAGAUACAGCAUUUCUUGAGGCCCUAAAGAAGUAUCAGGGGGGCUUUGACAUUGUGGUGGUGAGAGCGGCCCCUCCUCACCUGGAGAACUGGGAAAUGUGGAUUCUCAGGGACUACGUCGCUCACCAGCUCCAGGCUGUGCUGCUGGCCCUGGUCCUGGGACACUGAUUCACCUCCACAAUAGCACACUUGCCUGACCACUUGCUGCCGUGAGCCUUUGUGGCUGGAGGCCCUGGGCUGCCCCUACCUGAUGAAGAUGCGCACCCCCAUUAGGGGGCUGCUCAUGGCCUUUGCAGUGGUGUUUGGGACAGCAAUGGCGUUUGCCCCCAUGCCCCGGAUCACCUGGGAGCACAGAGAGGUGCGUCUCAUGCAGUUUCACGAGCCGGACAUCUACAACUAUUCAGCCUUGCUGCUGAGCGAGGACCAGGAUACCUUGUACAUAGGCGCCCGGGAGGUGAUCUUCGCUGUGAACGCACUCAACGUCUCUGAGAAGCAGCACGAGGUACAUUGGAAGGUCUCAGAAGACAAAAAAGCAAAAUGCGCAGAAAAGGGGAAAUCAAAACAGACAGAGUGCCUCAACUACAUCCGGGUGCUGCAGCCGCUCAGCGCCACUUCCCUUUACGUGUGUGGGACCAACGCAUUCCAGCCGGCCUGUGACUAUCUGAGUUUAACAUCCUUUAAAUUUCUGGGGAGAAAUGAAGAUGGCAAAGGAAGAUGUCCCUUUGACCCAGCACACAGCUACACAUCCGUCAUAGUUGAUGGAGAACUUUAUUCGGGGACAUCGUAUAAUUUUUUGGGAAGUGAACCCAUCAUCUCCCGAAAUUCUUCCUCUAGUCCUCUGAGGACGGAAUAUGCAAUCCCUUGGCUGAACGAGCCUAACUUUGUGUUUGCUGACGUGAUCCGAAAAAGCCCAGACAGCCCCAACGGCGGGGAUGACAGGGUCUACUUCUUCUUCACAGAGGUGUCUGUGGAGUACGAGUUUGUGUUCAGGCUGCAGAUCCCACGGAUAGCAAGAGUGUGCAAGGGGGACCAGGGUGGCUUGAGGACCUUGCAGAAGAAGUGGACCUCCUUCCUGAAGGCCCGACUCAUCUGCUCCCGGCCGGACAGCAGCUUGAUCUUCAAUGUGCUGCGAGAUGUCUUUGUGCUGAGGUCUCCAGGCCUGAAGGGGCCUGUGUUCUACGCACUCUUUAGCCCACAGCUGAACAACGUGGGGCUGUCGGCAGUGUGUGCCUACAACCUGUCCACAGCCGAGGAGGUCUUCUCCCACGGGAAGUACAUGCAGAGUGCCACAGUGGAGCAAUCCCACACCAAGUGGGUGCGCUACAAUGGCCCGGUACCCAAGCCUCGGCCUGGAGCGUGCAUCGACAGCGAGGUGCGGGCAGCCAACUACACCAGCUCCUUGAAUUUGCCAGAUAAGACACUGCAGUUCGUCAAAGACCACCCUCUGAUGGACGACUCGGUAACCCCAAUAGACAAUAGGCCCAGGUUAAUCAAGAAAGAUGUGAACUACACCCAGAUCGUGGUGGACCGGACCCAGGCUCUGGAUGGGACUGUCUAUGAUGUCAUGUUUGUCAGCACAGACCGGGGAGCUCUGCACAAAGCCAUCAGCCUUGAGCACUCCGUGCACAUCAUCGAGGAGACCCAGCUUUUCCAGGACUUUGAGCCGGUCCAGACCCUGCUGCUGUCUUCAAAGAAGGGCAGGAGGUUCGUCUACGCCGGCUCUAACUCGGGUGUGGUCCAGGCCCCACUGGCCUUCUGCGGGAAGCACAGCACCUGUGAGGACUGUGUGCUGGCACGAGACCCCUACUGCGCCUGGAGCCCACCGACGGCGACCUGCGUGGCUCUACACCAGACCGAGAGCCCCAGCAGGGCUUUGAUUCAGGAGAUGAGCGGCGAUGCUUCUGUGUGCCCGGAUAAAAGUAAAGGAAGUUACCGGCAGCAUUUUUUCAAGCACGGUGGCACAGCAGAGCUGAAAUGCUCCCAAAAGUCCAACCUGGCCCAGGUGUUUUGGAAGUUCCAGAAUGAUGUGUUGAAGGUCGAGAGCCCCAAGUAUGGUCUUAUGGGCAGAAAAAACUUGCUUAUCUUCAACCUGUCAGAAGGAGACAGUGGGGUGUACCAGUGCCUGUCAGAGGAGAGGGUUAAGAACAAGACGGUCUUCCAAGUGGUCGCCAAGCAUGUCCUGGAAGUGAAGGUGCUUCCAAAGCCCGUGGUGGCCCCCACCUUGCCAGUUGUUCAGACAGAAGGUAGUAGGAUUGCCACCAAAGUGUUGGUGGUAUCCUCCCAAGGGUCUUCUUCCCCGACCCCAGCCGUGCUGGCCACCUCCUCUGGGGCCAUCACCCUUCCUCCUAAGCCUGCACCCGCCAGCACAUCCUGCGAACCAAAGAUUGUCAUCAACACGGUCCCCCAGCUCCACUCGGAGAAAACAAUGUAUCUUAAGUCCAGCGACAACCACCUCCUCAUGUCCCUCUUUCUCUUCUUCUUUGUUCUCUUCCUCUGCCUCUUCGUCUACAACUGCUAUAAGGGCUACCUGCCUGGACAGUGCUUGAAAUUCCGCUCGGCCCUGCUGCUCGGGAAGAAGAAGCCCAAGUCAGAUUUCUGUGACCGUGAGCAGAGCCUGAAGGAGACAUUGGUGGAGCCAGCGAGCUUCUCCCAGCAGAAUGGGGACCAUCCCAAGCCAGCCCUGGACACUGGCUAUGAGACCGAGCAAGACACCAUCACCAGCAAAGUCCCCACGGACAGGGAGGACUCGCAGAGGAUCGACGACCUCUCUGCCAGGGACAAGCCCUUCGAUGUCAAGUGUGAGCUGAAGUUUGCUGACUCAGAUGCAGAUGGAGAUUGAGGCCGGCUGUGUGUCCCCACCGGCACCUCAGCUGCAGUGCGUCCAGGCGUGGAGAGUUUUGUGUUUCUGCUGUUCAGUAUCCAAGUCUCGUGCAGUGCUGCGUAGGUUAGCCCGCGUCGUGCAGACAACCCUAGUCCUCUGUCUAUUUUCUCUUGGGUUGAGCCUGUGACUUGGUUUCUCUUUGUCCUUUUGGAAAAAUGACAAGCAUUGCAUCCCGGUCUCGUGGUCCGCAGUCAGUCCGAGCACUCUAAGAAGUCCGGCGGGUGACGCGGAGUUCCUGAGUCCUUUCUGUAGUGGGGGAAAGGUGGCUGGACCUCUGUUGGCUGAGAAGAGCAUCCCUUCGGCUUCCCUUCCUCCUAGCAGCCACUAAAAGAUAAUUUAAUUCCAGAUUGGAAAUCACGUUUUAGUUUAUCAGAUUGGUAACUUAUCGCCUAUUGUCCAGAUUGGCACGAACCUUUUCUUCCACUUAAUUUUAUUUUUUUAGGAUUUUGCUUUGAUUAUGUUGAUGUCAUAGGUCAUUUUUUAAAUUACAGAAGCAGGUGUUUUAAUAUUUAAAAGAAGAUGUAUAUCUUCCAUAUUUUGUUAUAUAUUUGGGAUAAAAUAUGGCUUACUUUGCUUAAGAUUCUCAGGGAUAAACUUCCUUUUGCUAAAUGCAUUCUUUCUGCUUUUAAAAAUGUAGACAUAAACACACCUUGGAGCACACACACCUUUUUCUUGUUUUUAUUCUUUGAGGGAAGCAUCGUUUUUGGAGAAAUUUUCUUUCUGCACUUCAUUUUUCUUUUUUUUUUAACUUUUACUCUCUCGAAGACGAGGACCUUCCCAAGUCCGUGAGGUGGGUUUUGAGCAAGGCAAGGUGACCCGGGUGAGCUGGUGGAGCCAGGCUGGCCCAGAGCUGAGACGGGGAGGGCGGUACAAUCUGGUGCCCACAGCUGUCGAUCUGAUCCUCCCAUUGAGACAGACAGAACCUUCCAAGGACGCCUUUGGUUCUCUGAAUAUCUCCUUUCUCUUCUUGCUUCAAUUUCAUACCUGCUGCCUGUGCAGACUCUCCAUCCGGACUCCCUGAGCUGCCCACCCCUGGAAGGCAAUGGGCCCCUUCGAGCGCACGGCGCUGUUCCUGGCCCUGUCCUGAAGAUAUGAAUGGGUGGUACGAUUUCAACGCUGGUUAAUUUCAUACUCCAUCUCCCUGCUUUGUAAAUACCCAUCAGGAAGAGACUUUUUCCAUGGUGAAGAGCAAUAAACUCUGGAUGUUUGUGUGCGUGUGUGGACCGUCUCGUCUUCCAGCAUGAUAGGAUUUGACCAUUUUGGUGUAAACAUUUGUGUUUUUAUAAGAUUUACCUUGUUUUUAUUUUUCUACUUUGAAUUGUAUACAUUUGGAAAGUACCCAAAUAAAUGAGAAGCUUCUAUCCUUGA